GGUAUGCAGGAAAUUGAAGUAUGUUUUUUGCUUCCACCUUUGAGCCGUCCAUUUCCAUAACAUCAAAUCCUCGUCUCAACGAGCUGCAAAGUCUAUAGUUUCAGGACAAGCACCACUAAAAUAAAACGAGCUGAAAUUAGGCCAUGUUGCACUAGUGUCGAAAUGAAGCGAAGAAAAGUAACCAAUUCUGCAUCAUGAAACAUUGAAAAGGGCUCAAAUUAAGUAGUGGGUCUACUGUACAUAAUUAAACAUUUGCAAUGGCUACCCAAAUUCUUAAAACCCAUCAUCUCCUUUCCAGAACCCCAAAAGAACCCCUUAUUCCUUUGUAUUUCUUCUCCUCUUCCGCCUUCCCCGACACCACUUCUCCGCCGUCCGAUCAACCCGACCCAAUCUCCACCGUCACCUCCAUACUCACCCAUAAUCGCUCCAAGUCUCGCUGGUCCACCGUCCUCACUCUCUUCCCAUCCGGUUUCACCCCUUUCCAGUUCUCCCAAAUUACCCUCCAACUCAAAAACAAUCCCCACCUUGUCCUCCGCUUCUUCCUCUUCACCCAACACAAGUCCCUCUGUAACCACGACCUCUCCUCCUAUUCCACCAUAAUUCACAUCCUCUCUCGUGCUCGACUCAAAACCCGUGCCCGGGAACUCAUCCGCCUUGCAAUUCGGACCCCAGGUAUCGAUAAUGAACCCACUCAUUUCAAACUAUUUGAAUUGUUAGUUAAAACUUAUAAUCAGUGUGGUUCUGCCCCGUUUGUUUUCGAUUUGUUGGUAAAAUCUUGUUUGCAAAUGAAACGGCUUGAUGGGUCUAUUGAGAUUGUUAGAAUGUUAAUGUCUAGAAGGAUUAGCCCUCAGGUUUGUACUUGUAAUGCUUUGAUUUCUGAGGUUUCGAAAUGUUGUGGAGCAAGUAAGGGAUAUGAGGUUUAUAAAGAGGUUUUUGGAGUAGGUAAUGGUGAGAGUGAAAGUGAUGUGAAAAGGAUUUCAAAAGUCCGGCCAAAUGUUCAUACUUAUAACGCUUUGAUGCUCUGUUUUUAUCGUGAAGGAUUGUUGGAGAAAGUGAGAGAGGUUUGGUGUGAAAUGGAGAGCUUAGGGUGUGUUCCAAAUAGUUAUAGUUACAGUGUUUUAAUGGCAGCUUUUUGUGAGGAAGGGAAGGUGAGAGAAGCAGAGGACUUGUGGGCGGAAAUGAAAAUUAAGGGAUUAGAGCCCGAUAUUGUGGCUUUUAAUACUGUGAUUGAUGGAUUAUGUAAAAAUGGAGAGAUUAUAAGAGCUGAAGAGUUGUUUACAGAAAUGGAAUUGAAUGGAAUAAAGGCAACUUGUGUUACUUAUGAGAAUCUUAUUAAUGGAUAUUGUAAAGUUGCAGAUAUCGAUUCAGCUAUGUUGAUAUACAGGGAUAUGUGUAGGAAAGAUUUUAGACCACAGAGUUUAACCGUGGAACUGUUGAUUAGAGGACUUUGUGAUAAAGGUAUGGUACUAGAAGCUCUUGAGAUAAUGAAGGCAAUGAGAGAAGUUGGUGUUUUCCCAACGGGGAUAAGUUAUGAGCUUUUAAUAAAAGGUUUGUGUGUGGACGGAAAGAUGGAGGAAGCACUAAAGCUUCAAGCAGAGAUGGUGGGGAAAGGGUUUAAGCUGAAUCUAGAGAUAUAUGAUGCUUUUAUAGAUGGUUAUUUAAGACAGGGAAAUGAGGAAAUGGUAACAAUGUUGAGAAAGGAGGUGUUAGAAACUCAGAAAGACCCGGAGGGGAAUUAGAUGUCUACUGUUUUACUAGUUGGAGCAGACCUGUUUGAAUAGUGAUGGUAAGUUGUUCUUGCAAUUUGUAUCGGGUUUUGUGCAUUUGUUGCUAGAUGGUGGUCGUCUAAGCUGUAUCGAGGUUCAUUUUGGAUAAUGCAGGUCAAUUGUUGGGAGGAUGCUUUAGAAAUAUUGGUCAUGGUGUAAGGGAGGAUAUCUUUUUCGUUGUGCAAAAAGAAUGUAGUCUUCUUUGAAGAUGGCUCUCUGAUAUAUUCAGUAAUAACAAACAUAGCAAUGUGGCCAUGAAGAUGGAGGCAGGUCUGAGGUGCUAUCGUAAUUGAAGUAAUAAGCAGUCCAAGUAAGUAUUUCCAGCUUCAGAAUAGAUACAUGGUUGUGAUAAGAGUACUUGUAUGAAAUGCAAUACUGAUGCCAAGCUUUGUUUAUUAGAACAAGAAUAUAGAAAUAUAUUAAAUGAUUGAUCCAAGAAGGGAACUCUAUGGUUGCAUUAUCGAUCUUCUUGGAAAGGCUGACAAGCUUUGACGAGGUAGUGAAGUUCAUUCAGGAAAUGGAAUGUAAACCAGACACCCCGAAAUGGAAAACUUUGCUUAGUAUAUGUCUCACACCGAGAGCUCUAAAAAAUAAGCUAAGUGCAUUAAUCCCACGUUGAUUGAUUCAUGGAAUAAUGGAUUUGGAUCCUAUUUGAUUAUAAAAGACAUGAUGCGGCAAGUUCCUUGAAGGAAGAUAUGGUCUGUCCAAAGAUGAAAUGGGUGAAGGAAAGAACAUCCAAAGAGUCCGUCCUUUGUGGUUAACACUAAUGCAUACACCAAAUACAUAAAAGUGUUCCCUGCCAAUUGAUAAAUGAGUCAAGCUACUUGUGUAUUCAGGCUCGACUAAAAGAAUGCGACUAGUUUGUUGUUGGCCAAGCUCAACUUUUUGAAUACUCGAUUAACAUGUAAAGCCGAGUUUGAAAAGAUUUUAUUUUUAUUCUACAA